CAAUUCCAAUACUAAUCAAACACGUUUAGCUUAACUGUCUUUAUCCAUCUACAACAACAGACAACAGUAUCUCUGUCUCAUUCAUUCAUUCUACUACUGUUUUUGUUUUCUAUGUACUUUUUUCAUUCUUCUUGUUAGUUAUAACAACUAUAUCCAUACCUUUCCCAAUUCUCAAAGCCUUAAACUCCAACAAUUUCACAUAGAGAGAAAAAAGAGUGUUUCUGACAUGGUUCCAAAAUUCAGUCUUGGUGUUGAUGAUGCUGGAACUUGACAUGGAACUAAGCCUAUCUCAAUUUACCAUCACAACCCACUUUUUCAAACUGUAAAAAGAUCAAAUUUUUGGAGCAACUAUAGUUCAUCUUGUGAUGUUAUGUUCCUUUUUUGGUGUUUGAAAUCAUGGGGUUUCUUGGUUUCCUAGCUUGGCUUUAUAAACUCUAAUUGUAGCUUCUAUGGGACCAACCUUCUUGGUGGUCCAAAUGGUUCAAAUGAAAUGAUCUGGUAUUAAAAGCUCUUUCGACUUUGGUAAUGGCAAUUGUGUUUUGAAUUGGUUUUCUGAUGAUAUUCUUGAUUUCAACUCCAAAACUUUGUUGAUUCUGGAUAUCAAUCUCUUUCCCUUUAUACCAGAUAGAUCUGGUAGAGUGUUUGGCUUCACCGUGGGGCAAAUCUCCUUUGGCAUUAUAGCUUCCGAGUUUCAAUCUCGGAAGAGGUAAACUUAUUAGCUACUACCUAGAAAUUACUUAUGUUUGAAGAUUCAUCUGUGUUGGGCAAAUCUCCUUUGGCAAAAGUUACUUAAUUUUCUUUGUUUCGAUUCUUAGCAGUAAAAAUUAUAUAUCGAAAUAGUAUCUGUCAUCGUCUAUGAAAGUAUCACCAUUCUAAAGUUAUUCCACACUUUCACUAGGACAAAUCUCCUUUGGCAUCUUUUGAUUAUCUUAGUUAUUUUCCACCAACUUCUUUAACUUUUCCUUUCAAAAAAUCACAAAAAAAUCCGUCCGGUAGUUGUAGCUCGUUGAUACUAGUUUCAUAAACCUCUCUUGAGUUUCUUUCUGUGGAAAUUCCAGUCAAACCUGGGCAAAUCUCCUUUGGCAUUUCGGAGUCGUGAUAGACUCCAAUUAUCCCCGUCGGGCAAAUCUCCUUUGGCAUUUAAAUUUCUAGUUUCUGUAGUCAAGGUAUUCUGUUUUUCAGAAACUGGCUUAGUAUCUGUGACAAGCAUCAGUAUCAAUCAAACACAUUUUCUAUUGUAUACCUCUUAAGUCAAUAUCAAUCAACUCGUCGUGGAUUGCAAUACAGACUGUCAGUGGUUCUUAAUGCUUAACAAGGUAAGGAUCUUCUUGAAUCCCUAUUUACUGUUAAUAUUCGUUUAUGUAUAUGUUGCGAUUUUGCUGACCAAACCAAUCACUUGACUGCCAAGGUAUCUCUUUUGUAUGGAAAUGAGAUUAUCAAUAAAUAUUUGUUUUCCAUACAUAUAGAUCCUUCAGAUAUUUUUUAUUAAAAAACUACAUCUAGUUACUAGGUUUUGUGCUUAAUUCUUUUGAUAUUGACGUUUGCAGAUUAGUUCGGAUUCAUCAGUUUCGUCAUAAUUGUCGUCCAUUGACUAACAUUACUAUUAUUUCCAUUUUUUGUGUCUUGAAGUUGUUUUCUUGUAAUUAUUGUAUUGAUGUUACUAUGAAACACAUUAUGACAGACAUAUUGAAGUUAUUUUCCAAGUGUGAUGGAAGCUCACAUGACUGAUUCAGACUGGGAGUCUUCCAGUGAGAGCUGCAGCAGUGAGGAUCAAGAGGAUAUUGAUUUUCAGUAUGGAGGGCAAGCUCGGAGCAUAUUGUCGAGUUUAGAGGAAAGCAUCGGUAGGAUCGAUGAUUUUCUCUCGUUUGAGAGGACAUUUGCUUAUGGCGAUGUUGUCUGCUCCUUGUCAGACCCAUCUGGACAGAUGGGGAGGGUUGUCAGUGUUGACGUGUUGGUGGAUUUGGAAAAUGUUCAAGGAAACAUAUUAAAAAAUGUCAACUCUAAGAAACUUCUGAAGAUUCGUUCCAUUUCAGAAGGUGAUUGUGUAGUUAAAGGGUCGUGGCUUGGUCAGGUUCAGAGGGUAGUGGAUAGAUUAACCGUAUUGUUCGAUGACGGGACUAAAUACGAAAUCACUACCUUGGAAAAAGAUAAGAUUUUACCACAAACUCCUAAUUUUCUUGAAGAUUCACAGUAUCCAUACUAUCCAGGGCAGAGAGUGAAGAUUAAGUCCUCGACCGCUUCUAAAUCAGCUAGAUGGCUAUGUGACAAUUGGAGAGACAAUCAUGAUGAAGGAACUGUUUGUUCUGUGGAAGCCGGUUUGGUGUAUGUUAAUUGGCUUGCGUCGGUUCCUUUAGGUUCUAAUGUGAAUGCAAAUGCUCCUCCAUGUUGGCAAGAUUCCAAAAACUUGACCAUGUUAUCGUGUUUUUCACACGCAAACUGGCAACUCGGUGAUUGGUGCAUGCUCCCAGUUGCAGACCAAAAGGAACAAGUCGAAAAGAUGAUUCGAGAUUCAUCUGAUAGUUAUCUUCGUAAUAAGCAUAGUAUGGCUAGGGAAUAUAGGAGAAGAAACCUUCACUCUAGCAUGGAGGAAUUGUUUAUAAUUGGGAGGAUAAAGACCAAAGUUGAUAUUAUUUGGCAAAAUGGUGAACAUACUUUCGGAUCAGAUCCACAGAAUUUAGUUCCUGUCAAUGUCAUAAACACUCAUGAAUUUUGGCCUAAUCAGUUUGUGAUGGAAAAAGGUACUUCUGAUUCUGAUGUUGAUAAGCCUAGCAGCAAUAAACAAUGGGGUGUCGUUCUAUCGGUUGAUGCAAAAGAGCAUACGGUAAACGUACAAUGGAGAACAGUUCCUGCAUCUGAGCCAGGUGAUUUGGUUGGAGAAACAACGACGGAAACUGUGAGUGCCUAUGAACUCAUUGAGCACCCGGAUUUUUCCUGUUGUUUUGGUGAUAUUGUGUUCAAGGCGUCUCAAAAACAGCUUGGUUACCUAGCUGAGAAAAAUAAUGCAAAUUCAAUGAGUGACUUGAAUGUGGAAGCUCCGCUGAAAAACCUGGACCAAAUCGGUUAUCAGAAUAAGUCGCAAGAUAACUGUCACCUAUCCUGUAUUGGCAAUGUUACCGGUUUCAAAGAUGGUCAUGUGGAGGUGAAAUGGGCUACUGGUUUAACAACCAAGAUUCCACCCUAUGAAAUUUUCCGGUUUGACAAACAAGAAGGUUCAACUGCAACUCCUGUUUUUUAUGAAACAAAUAUUGAGGAGUUGGCUCAAGAGAUUGUUGAAUAUGGAAAUCUACCUUCUGACCAGAAAGUAAAGGGCUUGUCAGAUUGUAAUGUCGAUAAAGAUAAAUGUGAAAAGAAUCCCAGAGAGAGUAGUUCAUUUUCCCUUCCUCAAGCUGCCUUUGAACUUUUCUCCAGCAUUAAAGCCGGCAUAUUCCAAAAACUUGGCGUGACAUCCUUUUAUGGAGCUGUUUCCUCGGUCCCUACAUUUGAAGAGGGAAAUACAUCUGAUUUUCUCGACAAGAAAGAUUUGGAAACUUGUGGCCAUGACACUGAUUCAUAUCCUGUGAGCAGGUUGCAGUCUACUGAAGACUCAACUCCAUACGAUGAAGUCAUUAGGAUUCAUGAGGGGAGUGAUGUUCCGGUUUCUUCAGACAGUAACGGUUCAGAUCAGUUGAAGCAGUUUGAUGUAAUUGAUAAUUGCUCAGACCACCACUUUUUUAACGAGGGAAAAGGGCUGCCAUUAUCUCAGGUUAAGAAAGGUUGGUCGAAAAAGGUACAACAAGAAUGGAGCAUCCUAGAGAAAAAUCUUCCCGAAACCAUUUAUGUCCGUGUUUUCGAAGAAAGAAUGGAUCUCAUGCGAGCAGCCAUUGUUGGUGCGUCAGGGACACCUUAUCAGGAUGGCUUGUUUUUCUUCGAUAUAUGUUUCCCUCCCGAGUAUCCCAAUGAACCACCUAUGGUGCACUACAUUUCUGGCGGGCUACAAUUAAAUCCUAAUUUAUACGAGUCAGGGAAAGUGUGUUUGAGUCUCCUAAACACAUGGAGUGGUACCGCGACUGAAGUGUGGAACCCUGGAGCUUCGACAGUUCUUCAAGUCCUUCUCUCUUUACAAGCUCUUGUCCUUAAUGAGAAGCCUUAUUUCAACGAGGCUGGAUACGACCAACAAAUUGGCAGAGCCGAAGGAGAGAAAAACUCAGUUAGCUACAAUGAGAAUGCUUUCCUUCUCACCUACAAAUCCAUGCUGUAUCUAUUAAGAAAUCCUCCGGAGCAUUUCGAGGCAUUGGUGGAAGAACACUUUCGACAACGCUCCAAACAUAUACUUAUGGCUUGUGAGGCAUGUCUUGAAGGAGGUCCUAUUGGAGGCGAAAAAACUGAGCAUGAAAACCAGAAAGGAACUUCUACAGGAUUUAAACUUAUGCUUGCUAAACUCUUCCCUAAGCUUGUAAAAGCAUUUUCUGAAAAGGGUAUUGAUUGCUCUCAGUUUGUUGACACGCAAAAGUAAAAGCUCGACGAAGUUGAGUUAACUUAACCAUCAAGGUUUCUGGUGUGAACAUUAUGUGUAAUAUUAAUUUGUUUUCAUGUAUCUGUAUAAUAAUAUAUCAAGUUAUGCUUGAAGAAUGAAGUUGUACUAAAAAAUAAAAAUAAAAAACCUUGUUGUAUUUGUAUGUAUCAUAUGGCUUGCAUAUGUGAAAAUAUUUGAUGAGAAUAAAAACAGUUUAUUCUGUGAACAA